AUGCCGCUACCACGCAAGGACCCAACAAAGUCGUACUGGAUCGAGCAGGCUCCGUCCCCGCUCAAAGACUUCCAGUCGGGCCCGCUGCCAGAACGCACCGACGUGCUGAUCAUCGGGGCGGGGUAUACGGCCGCAACGCUGGCGUACUGGCUGCGCGCGUUCUCCCCGGCCGACGCGGUGCCGAGCAUCACUGUGCUCGACGCGCGCGACAUCUGCGGGGGCGCAACGGGUAGAAACGGCGGCCAGCUGAGGCCCAUCUCGUUCGACGCGUACGCCGACUGGGCAGCAACGUACGGCCGCGACACAGCGCGCGAGCUGAUCGAGCACGAAGUCGCGCACAUCCCCGCGUUCGAGGCGCUCGUCGCCGCCGAAAAGCUAGACUGCGACCUGCACGUCUCGCGCACGUGGUCGGCGUACAUGACCGACGAGGAGGCCGCCAAGGGGGUCGCGCAGGUCGAGGGCAUGCGCGCUGCCGAGGGCGGAUGGGUGGAUCGCGUCGUGGGCGAUGUCGUCGCAACACGGGAUCCGGAGGAGGCGGGACGGUUGACGAGGGUCAAGGGCGCGCGAGGGGCCGUCGGUGUGCCCGGGGGGAGGAUCUGGCCAUACAAGUUCGUGCACGGCCUCUUCGCCAAGCUCCUCCAGACACCGGGGUUCGAGCUGCACGCACACACCCCCGCGGUGGAAGUACUCCCGUGCCGCAACUCCAACAUGGAGUGGACGGUGGCCACGGCGCGCGGCGACAUCCGCGCCAAGGCGGUCGUGUACGCCAAUAACCGGUGGGUCGAGCACCUCGCGCCCGAGUUCCGGGGCGUCAUCACGGCCGCGAGGAACCAGAUGGCUGCGAUUCGGCUGGAUGGGAGUCGCUGGGCGGGGGGAAAGCUCGACGAGCAGGCCAUGCAGUUCUGGGACGGGCUGCACAACAACUACUAUGUCACCUUCCCGCAGUACAACACCCUCGUGAUAGGCGGCGCGAAGCAGGUCCUCGUGCGUCCGACGACUCGGCCAGACGGGAGCGCAGGCCCGCCCGACCUGUCGCUGUGGCACGACAACGACGACGAGGACAAGAAUGCGCCCGGGGCAGAAGCUUACUUCCGCUCCUGGCCACAGCGCGACCUCGUCGGCUGGGGCGGGCCGUCGGAAGCCAAGUUGGCAGGUACAAACCCCUCCGCGGACGCGAGCACGGGCGGGCUGUGGACGGGCGUCAUGAGCCACUCGAUCGACUCUAUGCCCUUUGUCGGGCCGCUCGACUGCGAGCGCGUCGCGGCCGGACAGUACGUCGCGGCCGGGUGGAACGGGCACGGGAUGCCGCGUAUCCUGCUGGCGACGCACGCACUCGCGGGGCAGGUGUUGGCCGGGCUCGGGGUGCAGGCUACGCCUGGGCCAGAGUGGGCGAGGCGGCUGAGGAUCCCGCGCCUGCCGGCGCCGUUUGAGGUCAGCCCCGAACGCCUGCGGCGGGUGACUGCUGCUGCUAGGGAGCAUGCGGCGGCGCAGGAGAAGGCCAAGGCCAAGCUGUGA